CGUGAUCUUUCUCUUGCGCGCAUCCCAACUCCGAGUCUGCCAUCAAUUGCCCGUCGCGAGCUUCAACUCAUCCCUCUACAGCUUCAUCAUGUCUUUCAUCAGGUCAUCUGCUCUCCGCGCUUCUUCAUUGGCACGCGCAGCUCGCCCGGCGAGGUGUAUCCGCGCUGCCGAGCUCCAGCCAUGGCAACGAGCUGUCCAACGCCGAACCUACGCCAGCGGCCACGGUCCCGAGGGUGAGGCUAAGAGCAGCGAUGUCCCAUGGAUGGCCGCAGCCGUCGUCGGCACCACUCUUGGUCUUUACGUUGUCGUAACCCAAGACACGAACCACGGCGCUGAACACCACCCCCUCGGCGACCCACAUGGCGAGGGCGGUGCUGAGAAGACUGGCACCGGAUCUACCGUUGGAGAGGAGAACAAGGAGGAUGAGCCCGAGGAGGAAACCAAGGACGAGUCUAAGGACGAGUCAGAGGACGAAUCUAAGGAGGAGCCAAAGAGCGACCAGCAAAACCCAGAGAAGCCUACCAAGGAGAAUAGCGAGGAGAAGGACAGCCAAUCUCCUGACCAGUCCGACAAGCCCGACCCCCGCAAGGACGAAACCAAGAGCCAGAACGAGAUGUCUGGCAAGCAAAAGGGACUCUCCAAUGACAACACCCACCACACCUCGCAGAUCUCCAAGCAGGAAGAGAAGAGCAAAAAGGGCGAGGGUGUUGCCGAAACCGCUAAGCUGCAAGGAACCGUCUCCACUGAGCGUCCAGGCGCGGAGAACAAGGAGGAGCGUGGAAAGGCCCAGCAGGACAAGGACGCAUAGAUCGUACCCUCGUGCCGUCCCGACCCUCUCUGUCCCGAUUCCUAUAAUACCUUCACGGCGAGCGCGCAUUCCGCCGCCCUUGUAUAGUCUUGAAUCAAACUAUGUCACCACUUCAAAUAUGACUGUAUUAUGUGUCUCACCCGUGACGGGACAUGUUGAAGUUUCAAGCACAGUGUCUUUAUCUACGUGCCCAGUGCUAUCACGGCGAUUUGCAAACGUAAGGCAUGACUCGAUCGCGUUGAAACACGUGAACAGUCACGGACCCGCAACAUCUGCGCCACCGGGCUGUGCUCGUUGUUCUUCAAACUGCGGC